UAGGAAGAGAAACGCAGCACGAGACAAAAAGCAAGUGGAUCAAUUCACAGUACAAACGGACAAAACGAAAAUGCGAGAAAAUUUGGUGAGAGCGAUGAAUACUGUGUUCCCAGUCGAUGAAAUGGCCGAUCCGUUCUGGCCUUCGGCAGCGGGUUCGUCCACAGCGAUGAAUCGGAGCGAGUCGGAGUGGGCCCUGGAGAGAUUUAUGGAGGAGCUCUCCUCCUCAUCAUCACCGGCUGCCUUGGCUACGGUCUCGGCGGCUGCGGCAGCGGUAUCGGCAUCUCUGCCCCUUCCCAAGAUCGUCGCUUCCCCAGCACCCACCGUGUCUCCCGUGGGAUCUUCAUCUUCCACGUCUAGAAGAGAAGAAGCCGACGACCAGGUCAUCGACAAUCCUAAUCAUCCGCAGCCGUUGGAUCGUCCGUAUCCGACAGCUCCAGUUGAUCCCGAUGAGUACCGCUUGCUUCUUCAAAGUAAGCUCCAUAUGGCAUGCGCCGUCGCUGCUCAACGGGGGUCGGCUUCAAAGCCUGAGGAAUGCGGUAAUGUUGUGGAGAGUCAAUUGCAGGGGUUAAAGCCGUCUCAACCUGGAUCUCAAGCGCACGAUGAUAAAGCUGCGGAUCAUAAUUUCCCUACGGCACAAAGCGAGGCUGAUGGUGGAUCACUUGGCAUUCCGGAAUCACCUUUGCAGAGAAAAUCUGGAGUCCAAAUCAGACAAACAACAAGUGGAUCAUCGAGAGAGGAUUCGGAUGAUGAGGAACUUGAGGGAGAUAUGGAAAACCCUGGGAACACUACUGAUGUGAAACGUGCUAGGAGAAUGCUUUCAAAUCGAGAAUCAGCUAGACGCUCUAGAAGAAGAAAACAAGCGCAUAUGAACGAACUUGAGACACAGGUCAAUCAGCUUAGGGCUGAAAACUCUACCUUGUUAGAGCGUCUUUCUGACAUGAAUCAGAAGUACGAGCAAUCUGGUGUUGACAACAGAAUUUUAAAAGCUGAUAUUGAGGCUUUGAGAGCAAAUGUGAAGAUGGCUGAAGAAACAGUUAAGCGACUGACAAAUCUCCCCCAGAUGAAUCUAGCCAUGGCCGAUAUGCCUAGUGCAGGAAUGCCAUUUGCAUGCAACCCGAUGAAUGGUAAUCCUGCUUUACCAAUUUUGCCGAACCCAAACCAAUUCUUUCACCAGCCAGUUCCAAAUGUUGCCAAUGCCACUCCACAUCACCAGAGACUUGACAGCAGUUUCCCCAGCAACCCUCCAAUUCCUCUUGUUGGAAACCCACAAAAAACUAUUGGUGGAAACAGAGUGGCCGAAAUGUCUUCGAUGCAACACACAGCUAGUGUGCCACAAGCGCAAAAGCACAUUUCUGCGGAUGCUAGCUCGCACGGGGCCAUGCCUAGUUGGGAUCCUGAACUUUCUCAUACGGUUGCAAACAAUAAUUAGCAGAAUUGAUCAGAGUGCCUUCCUUGCUGCUAUCUAUUUUCAAAUUGAGGCUUGGAAGGUUGCCUGCAGAAUAAAUGUUGCCUAUCUUGAUUCAUGGAUGAUAUUUUAGCUACAUCUCUGUAAUCACCAACAUUUAGUUAAUUUACUCAAAUGGCUUUUCUA